AGAGCCUAGGCAGCCAACCCAAGACCUAGGCACUACUGUAUUCAUCUCGUCAGUGAGAUCCUAGGAUACGGCAAGGCUUGUCCUCCUGCUCCUUAUCCUCUCCAUGCGACGGCGCAGUGUAGUGUAGGCCUGCGUGAUCCCACCUGAUGCAAUGGUUGUGGAUCUCCUUUCUCGCGUACGGAAAUGAGUCUUAAUUUCAUACAUUCGCUCAACCGGAGGAUGCGUUUGAGGGGGAAACCGAAGUCACACGCGGCAGCCGAAGUCGCUUCCCCAGAUGAAAAGCUUGAUUUGUGCUCCUCCGGUGAGGCUGUGGUGGAAAGAGAAGCAUGGGACAGCAAGAUCCAGUAUCUUUUGGGUGUUGUGAGUUUUGGAGUCGGUUUGGGUGCUGUCUGGCGGUUCCCUUACCUCUGCCAGAAAAACGGAGGUGGUGCCUUCCUCAUCCCGUACGUGGUAAUGCUGUUUGUUGAGGGUCUCCCCGUGUGUCUUCUGGAAAUGGGCAUCGGUCAAAAGCUGCGAUUGGGGUCUCUCGGGGUUUGGAAGAAAAUCCAUCCGGCAUUAGUCGGGAUCGGACUUUCGUCCACCGUCGUCUCCUUCCUAGUAUCCGUAUACUACAAUGUGGUCAUCAUGUGGUGUUUCUACUACCUCUUUGCCUCCUUCCAGAGUCCGCUGCCAUGGACGGAAUGCCCAGGGAACGAAACCGUCCAGGAGUGCCAAUUGAGCUCCCCGACGACGUAUUACUGGUUCCGAGAGAGCCUCGACAUCACCGGCUCGAUCGAAGACUCGGGAGGGAUGAAGUGGUGGCUCGCCCUCUGCCUCCUCCUCUCGUGGCUGGUUGUCUACAUCUGCAUCAUGAAAGGGAUCCAAACGUCGGGCAAGGUCACGUAUUUCACUGCAAUUUUCCCGUACAUUGUGAUAGCCGUGUUCUUAGGGAAAGCCGUCACGCUUCCUGGUGCCAAAGAGGGUCUCCUUCAUCUUUUCACGCCCAAGCUGGAGAAACUGGGGGAUCCCUUCGCUUGGACAGACGCGGCAGUCCAAGCAUUUUUCACCGUCGGCUGCGGUUUUGGCGGUCUCAUCGCCCUGGCCAGUUAUAAUCCCGUCUCCAACGACUGCGUCUUCGAUUCCAUCUUCACGGCUUUCGUUCAUCUCAUCACAUCCGUGCUCACAUCCCUCGUGGUAUUCGCCAUUCUUGGAUUCCAGGCCUUUAACAGGUUUCAGGACUGCUACAAUGAGAACAAGCAGUUGCUUACAUCUUUGUAUCCGGACGUGUUGAACUUGAGCAUGACCGAUAAGCAGUAUGAUCUCUAUUAUAACAUGGCAUUGGAGGAGAAGACCAUAGAUGCAAACGAAUUUCGCAACUGCAGUCUGAUGGAAGAACUGGAUCAAAAACCCGAGGGGACAGGGAUUCUGUGCCUGGUCUGCUUUCUCCUGGGUCUCAUAUUCACGACCGGUUCUGGGUCGUAUUGGGUCACUCUUAUUGACAGUUUUUCGUCCACUGGACUCCUCCUUGUCGGCUGCAUGGAAUUGGUCAUCAUCGUUUACGGCUAUGGGAUGAAACGAUUUGUUGGUGACAUCAAGGAAAUGACUGGUCGAAAUCCGGGAUAUUUCUGUGAGAUUUGCUGGCGAUAUCUAAGCCCGUUUCUUCUCGUCGCUUUAUUCAUAACGACUAUCUACAAGAGUGCGUCUGAAUAUCCAGGCUACUACGCGUGGAACAAGGAAAUCGGGAGAAACGAGCUUCAGCAGUACCCAUUAUGGGCUCUAUGUCUCGGGGUCGGUUGCCUGGUACUCACCAUCAUUCCCGUCCCUAUUGGUGCCCUCUAUUACUAUCUGAUAAGAAAGAGGAAGGAAAGGGAGAAAACUCCAGAUGAAGAAGCCUUAAACAUUCAAGACUUGACUCCCGGGGACUCUUCAGUUCAAACUCAUUCCUUUCUCCAUGCCAAAUUCACCAAGGUCAGUCGAAUAUCUCAUUUUCUUCGAUGA